UUAUUUCGACACCGGACCCCCUCCGUCCUUCUCGCCGCCGCCGCCGCCGGGCCGGGCCUACGACACCGUCCGCUCCAGCUUCAAGCCGGGCUUGGAAGCCAAACUCCACGGGUUGCCGCACCUGGCGGCCGAGGUGUACGAGCGCGGCUCCGUGCCCUACCCCGAGCGGCAGAAGAGGGCCCGCUCCAUGAUCAUCCUCCAGGAUUCCUCCCACCUCCCCGUGGAACCCACCGAGAUCCCCCGGCCCGGCCCAGCGGCGACGCCGCCGGAGAAGCUGAAGAGGAAAGGCCGGGUGAUCGAUAAUCCCUACGCCAACAUGGGCCAGUUCAACGUCAGCCUCUUCGCCCCCACCAAGCCGCAGAGGAAGAAGAGUCCCCUGGUGAAGCAGCUCCAGGUGGAGGACGCCCAGGAACGGGCGGCCUUGGCCAUCACCGGCGGCUACUCCUCCCGGGAGCCGUCGCCCACGCGCCGGAGCCACCGCCUGGAAUACCAGCACCACCCCGGCAUCGCUCAGGUGGAAGCCGCCGGCCUCCCCUUCGCCACCGCCAUCGCCGCCGGCGUCAUGAAGGACCGGGACCGGCGGCUGGACGAGAGGAGGAAAUCCACGGUGUUCCUGUCGGUGGGAGCCAUCGAGGGGCCGGCGCCGGGCGGCGGCGGAGGCGGCGAGAUGCCGUCGCUGCAGCAGUCGCGCUCCAUCGACGAGCGGCUCCUGGGCAGCCGGGAUGUCCUCCUGCCGUCGCCCGUGUCAGCUUUAAAGCCAUUAAUCGGCGGCUCCUCCUCGACCUUCAUUCACCCCCUGACGGGAAAGCCCCUGGAUCCCAACUCGCCCCUGGCGCUGGCGCUGGCCGCAAGGGAACGGGCGCUGUCCACUCAAGUCCCGUCCCGGUCGCCCACCCCGAUCCACAGCCCCGACUCGGACAGAGCCGCGCCCCUCUUUGUGGACAUCCAAACCAAAGAGCCGGACAGGGGGGACUUGGAGGCCUUGGUGUCCCCCGCCUACUCCCCCGGAGGGAAGGCGGUGAUGGCGACCGACGCCGGCGCUCUGACCCCCACCAAGAGCCCUUGGGGGACUCCGGCCACCCUGCGGAAGGAGCCCGAGGUGCGAGCGGAGCCACCGGGCAAGGAGGAGAAGAAACCCGAGGACAAGAAGUCCAUGAUCAUCAGCAUCGUGGACACGUCGCAGCAGAAGACCGCCGGCCUCAUCAUGGUCCACGCCACCAGUAACGGUCAAGACGAGAUCGGCCUGGAGAUCAAAGAGGAGAGCCCGGCCGUGGCCGAGGUCUGCGCCGAGCCGGUCGAGUCGCCCAAGGUCGAGCCCCAGCCCAGCCCCGUGGGGAAGCCGCCGGUCAGCCCGGCCUCGGAGAAGGCGCUGGGCCAGGGCAGCUCGGAGGAGGAGGUGGAACCCUACACGGUGACCCUCCCUCCAGCCCAGCUGUCCUCCAGCGACGAGGAGACCCGCGAGGAGCUGGCCAAGAUCGGGUUGGUGCCGCCCCCGGAUGAAUUCGCCAACGGGGUGCUGGUGACCUCCCCCGGCACCCCCGUGAGCCACCUGGCCGCGCCCGGCGCGCCGUCCCUGCCGGCGGCGGCAGUAGCACCUUCUCCCCCCGGCGCGACACCCUCAGGGAAGCCCUCGGACGCCCCCGCGGCCCCGGAGUCGGCGGCGGACUCGGGAGUGGAAGAGGUGGACACCAGGAGCUCCAGCGACCACCACCUGGAGACCACGAGCACCAUCUCCACGGUCUCCAGCAUGUCCACGCUGUCCUCGGAGAGCGGCGAGCCCACCGACACCUACACGUCCUUCGCCGACGGCCAAACUUUUCUACUCGAGAAGCCACCAGUGCCUCCAAAGCCCAAACUCAAGUCCCAGCUCAGCAAGGGGCCGGUUACUUUCAGGGACCCACUUUUGAAGCAGUCUUCGGACAGCGAGCUCAUCUCCCAGCACCACGCGGCCACGCUGGCGGCCACCAGCGCGGCCCGGCCACGCUACCUCUUUCAGAGAAGGUCCAAGCUAUGGGGGGACCCCAUGGAGAGCAGGCCCGGCCACGGGGCCGAAGAGGACAAACCGACUGUGAUCAGCGAGCUGAGCUCCCGCCUGCAGCAGCUCAACAAGGACACGCGCUCCUUGGGCGAGGAACCGGCCGGCUCCACCCUGGAUCCCGGCAAGAAGUCGCCGGUGGUGGCCGCACGACUUUUCAGUAGUUUAGGAGAGCUCAGCACCAUUUCCCAGCGCAGCUCCGGCACCACCUUCACCGUGCGGCCCGGCAGCCGCUACCCCGUCACCCGCCGCACCCCCAGCCCCGUCAAACCCGCCGCCCUGGAGCGCCCGGAGCCCCUCAGCACCGUCCGCCCCUACGGCCUGACGCCCCCCACCAUCCUCAAAUCCUCCAGCCUCUCCAUCCCCCACGAGCCCAAAGAGGUUCGGUUCGUGGUCCGGAGCGUCAGCGCCCGCAGCCGCUCCCCGUCGCCUUCGCCGUCGCCGGGGCCGCCGCUGCACACGCUGCACCCACCGCGACCCUUCAUGCAGAAGCCGCUGCAGCUGUGGAACAAGUACGACGUGGGGGACUGGCUGGAGAGCAUCAACCUGGUGGAGCACCGGGAUAAGUUCGAGGAUCACGAGAUCGAGGGGACCCACCUGCCCGCCCUGACCAAGGAGGACUUCGUGGAGUUGGGGGUGACCCGCGUUGGGCACCGCAUGAACAUCGAGCGGGCGCUCAAGCAGCUGGUGGACAGCUGACCGCGUCCGGAGCCGCCGUGGGAAGGGCGGGGCGUUAUUCCCAAGCCAAGAAAACCCACUCGGAUUCUCCUUCUCCUUCUCCGAGCGCUGCACUGAGGGUGUGGAGCCCACCCCACCCACCCCCUGACCCCGGGCUCCCACCCGCUCCCGGCCCCCCGCGCCGCCUCCGGCCCGGGGAUGUUGCAUGAAAUUCCUCCUCGUUGCCGUUCUCCCGGAGAGUCUGGCCUGUAAAUCGCUCCCUGUGCCCUGCCCGGGGGGUUGGGGACAGGCAGGGACGCGGUGGUGGCACCUCGGCCACGGCCCGGAGCCCCGCGGGUGGCACCUGCCCAGGUGGCACCUCCAGGGUGGCACUGCCAGGCUCCGAGGUGGCCCGAGGUGCUGAGGAGUUCGGGGUGGUCCUGCCGGGAGGUGGCUCCAGGUCCUGAGCCCCGCCUCAGGUGGCCCUGGCAGGGUCAGAGGUGGCCCCAGGUCCCUCUUAGGGUCAGAGGUGGCUCCAGGUCCUCCCCAGGUGGCCCUGGCAGGGUCAGAGGUGGCCCCAGGUCCCUCUCAGUUGUCACUGGCAGGGUCAGAGGUGGCCCCAGGUCCCUCUUAGGGUCAGAGGUGGCUUCAGGUCCUCCCCAGGUGGCCCUGGCAGGGUCAGAGGUGGCUCCAGGUCCUGAACCCCCCUCAGGUGGCCCUGCCGGGAGGUGGCUCCAGGUCCUGACAGCACCAGGUGGCCCUGGCAGGGUCACAGGUGGCCCCAGGUCCCUUUCAGGUGACCCUGGCAGGGUCACAGGUGUCCCCAGGUCCCUCUCAGUUGUCACUGUCAGGGUCAGAGGUGGCCCCAGGUCCCUCUCAGGUGUCCCUGGCAGGGUCAGAGGUGGCCCCAGGUCCUGAACCCCUUCAGGUGUCAGGGUCAGAGGUGGCCCCAGGUCCCCCCCAGGGUCAGAGGUGGCCCCAGGUCCCCCCCCAGGGUCAGAGGUGGCCCCAGGUGUCCCUGGCACGGUCCCAGGUGUCCCCAGGUGUCCCUGGCAGGGUCCCAGGUGUCACCCAGGU